UCAAGGAGCCCGCCGAUCUGGAGGUGCUGACGCCGCCGCGGCCCACAAAGCAGGCAAGCGAGCAGCAGCAAGGCGAGGAGCCGACGCCACGCGGUUCGCUCGUGUACCCGCCGGCCCCGCCGCCAUCUGCGAACAAGCAGAGCCCGCGCCGCCGCAGCGGCAGCUGCUCUGAGGACGAGGACGAGGACGAGGACGGGGACGACGACGAAAACAACAACAACGGCGGCCUUGCACAAGAUGCGCCAGCGCCUGAAACACCAGAUGUGGGCGCUAUUAUCCGUGAUUCCUCACACGCGCGCGCCUUCCGGGAGCUGACGAAGGCGGACCUUGUUGUUUACGCCAAGCAGCACCACAUCACAUUGACCACGUCGAGGAGCAAGAAGGAACUGUUCGAGGUGGCGCGGCGGCUGGCGAAGGGAAAUCUAGAGGACAACAAGUAA